AUGCGGUCUCAAAUUAUGACAUUCAAGCAAGAGAGUGAUGAAACAUUACAAGAAGCUUGGGAGAGGUUCAAAGAGUUAUUGAGGAUAUGCCCUCAUCACGGUUUGAAUGAAGGUCUUACACUUCAUUGUUUCUACCAUGGUCUCACAAAAGCCUCUAAGACAAGUCUUGAUGCGGGUGCCGGUGGUCCAAUCAUGAAGACACCUCUAGCGGGUAUAUCCGAUAUUAUUGAUGAUGUGGUGCAAAAUGAUUCAGAUUGGGGACAUGAUCGCAAUGAACGAAGAGGUGGAAGGUACGAUGUGGAUCCCAUCAAUAUGCUCUCUACCAAGCUUGAUGCCUUGGUCACUCAAUUACAAAGGUCAAAUAUGCUUUCCUCUUCUUCUUCUACAUCUCAUCCCCCUCCCAAAUCUCCUAAUGCACACAUGCAUGCUCAUAAUGUCUCACAUGUCAAUUCUAUGCCGAUGGAUAUUAUGUUUUGUGAUUUGUGUGGUUCAUAUGAACACUAUGUUAAUCAAUGUUGCUUGAUUGAACCCUCAUCUCCUACUUCCCCUCAAAUGGAACAAAUGAAUGCCUUUCAAAACUAUUCCAAUCCUAGAAGGGACCCAUACUCUAAUACUUUUAACCCGGGUUGGAAAGAUCAUCCUAACAUUGGUUAUCGGGGAAACCAAGGGCAAGGACAUAGCAACCACUACUUCCAAAAUCAAGGCCAAGCCCCUUCCCACAUGCAUAACCAAAGACCCCCGGGUAACUACCAAAGUAAUAGACCUCCCUUCAAUCCACCUCCCGGUUUCCAACCUAAGCAACCCCCUCCUCAAAAGUCUAACAUGGAGUUGAUGAUGGAAACUUUUAUGGCCCAACAAAGUGAAGCAAUGAAACAAGAGUGGAAAAAACUUGGGGAGGUGGUGGAUACAAGAGUUGAGAAAGAGCAUGAAGUUGAAAGUGCAAAUGAAAAAGCUAUUGAUAUUGAAGAUGAUGCAAGCCCCAAGGCUAGUGAAAAGGGCAAGAGCUUAGAAGAGAACCUUAGUAUUGUUGAGGAAGCCAAGAGUACACCUCCACCCUACACACCUAAGCUUCCCUUUCCCUCUAGGUUUGCCGGUGCAAAGCUUGAUGAUCAAUUUGCCAAGUUCCUUUAUGUCUUGAAGAAGCUCUACAUUAACAUCCCUUUCACUGAAGCCAUUAAGCAAAUGCCUACCUAUGCCAAGUUUUUGAAAGAUAUUUUGAGCAAAAAGAGGGCCUUAGAUUGUGUGGAAACCAUUAAUCUCACGGAGAAUUGUAGUGCAAUCAUCCAAAAUAAGUUACCCACCAAGCUUAAGGAUCCCGGAAGCUUUUCAAUCCCUUGUGCUAUAGGAGACAUGGUUAUUGACAAGGGUUUGUGUGAUUUAGGUGCUAGUGUGAGUCUUAUGCCCUCCUCGGUUUGCAAGAGAUUGAACCUAGGAGACCUUAAGCCUACUCAUAUCUCCCUUCAAUUGGCCGAUAGAUCGGUAAAAAUGCCUAUUGGAAAUCUUGAAGAUGUCCCUCUUAGGGUUGGGAAGUUCUACAUUCCCGUUGACUUUGUUGUCUUAGAAAUGGAAGAAGACCCUAAUGUGCCAAUAAUCUUGGGUAGACCAUUUCUAGCUACGGCGGGGGCUAUUAUUGAUGUGAAAAAUGGCAAGCUAACUUUUGAGGUGGGUGAUGAACAUGUAGCUUUUAGCUUCACACAAAUUAUGAAAUGCGCUUCUUAUAUGGAUGAUUGCAUGAAAAUUGAUAUACUUGAACAUGUUAUCCAUGAAAGUAGGAACAUGCAUUUGCAUAAUACUCAUGAUCCUCUUGAGUUUGCUUUGUUGAAUGUCAAAGACUAAGAUGAAGAAAAUGUGUUACAUAUGGUUCAAGCUUUGGAUGUGAUGGAACAUAAGAGUUUGAAUACUCAAGGUGAAGACGUGGAGAAUGAACCCACCAA